AUGAAAAUGCCAGUAGCAAAGUUCCGACAUCCGACGCUAUUUUGGUGUGGAACCAUUAUUUUUAUUCGAGUUUCCCCUGCUCUUAAACAAUCGGCACCCGUAUUUGAACUCACGCUGAUAUCAAGUAGCGCUGAUUUGGCAUUAAAUGAAGCACAGAUACCUUAUGAGAAACGUAUACAGCGGGGGGUGGGUAAGGGGGGGGGGGGGGGGGGGGGGGGGGGGGGACGCCAACAAACGGGGGGGGCAACAAUUAAAAAAUAUAAGAAUUAA